AUGCGCAUUGAGCUGCGUGUGGCUGUGACAGCGUGUGCGGCCAGGUUUCGGUUUGAUGCCCGUCUGAGGCUGUGGGGUGGAGAUUUCGAAUCUGCUCAGUUUGUCUCCCGGUGGCGUCGACAGCGGGCCGGCCGUGGUGCUAUUGCGGUUGAUGGUCAUUGCGGAAAACAAACGCGAACCGGCACAGGGCGUGGUCAGGCUGCCUUUGCAGGAUUUUCAGUGUAUCGGUACGACGUGUUGGUACGAUGUUUGGGUAGUGGCGGCGUAUGGAGCCGGAUUUAUCGGCGUAGAAGGAAUCGUAUGAAAAGGGUGCGCAUGCGCCUUGUGAACUUCUUGGAAUGGGAUAGCUCUGCUGGGCGCUGCGAGCUGCGCUUGGGGAGGUGA